AUGCCCGUCCGCAAAAUGGAGCCCGAAGGCAAAAAGAAAACUGCUGUACUAGCUUGUGGUAAAAGCAGGCAGGGCCCCAUGCGCGGCGGCACAGUGGCUGCAGACGCAAUGCGUAUCGCAUUCCCAUCGCAUUGCCUAUCGACGACUCCCGGACCCAGGCUGGUGGCCUCAGAUCCGCGGCCUACAUCUCGUUCAGCCUCACGAGAUGCCUCUCUUUGUCUCCAGCUGCACUUACCAAGAGACGGGCCGAAAGAGGAGCAGAAGGGAUUUCUCGACGACGCCAGGGACGGGAGAAGAAGAAGAAGAAGACCUGCGUCUACUACAAUCAUGCGCUACGCCAGUCCCAACGAGCUGCGGACGAUCAGCCGUGAGGAUCUCGGCUGGUACGACAAUGUCGUCCUGGGCGCCAUCUACACGUUUGCUGGCCACGACACCAGCACUGCUGGCGAUCUGCUAUCCCCUGCGUACUACUACGCCGCGGUCCGGCAAGUCGUCGAGAGGCAUCCGUUUCUCUCCGUGGUGGUCAAGGACAAGCACACGGACAAGGCAUACUACGAGCAUGUGCCCAGUGUCAGUCUCAAAGAACACAUAUUCAUUGCGUCCCAGGACGAACAGGGAAGAGCCGAAGACGAGACGGCCAGGAUCGAGAGACUGCUGCCCUCUCUGGUCGACCAUGCCCAUGCUGCCGAGCGGCCCCCAUGGAGUGUGACCGUCUUGCCUUUGGGCCAGGGGACUGGACAGACAACUCGUCUCUUCAUUGCCUUUGCGUUUUCCCACAUGCUUGGCGACGGCAUGAACGGGCUCACCUUCCACCAGCACCUUCUCGAGGGCCUCCGCGAUGCGUCCACCAACGCAGAUGCAUCAUCCGCAACGACGGUCACGAUCCCGCCCACGACGACCCUGGACGAGCCGUUCGACACGCCCAAGCGCCUGCCGAUAUCCUGGGGCUAUCUGCUCGGACCGCUCUUUGCCGUGCUGCUGCCCAAGUGGCUCGCCAUCCUGCUCGGGGUGCGGGCGUCGACAAGCACCCUCGAGCCAGGGACCUGGAUCGGCCCGCCAAUGUUUGACGACAACAAGGCCGACCCGACACGGCUGCGCAUCAUCGACAUCCCCGCCGCGCAGGUCGAGGCGGCGCUCCGGACGUCCCGCAGGCAUGGCGCCAAGCUCACGGGCGUGCUGCACCAGGUCAUUGUGCAUGCCCUCAGCGACGCCCUGCCAGGCCACACACUGCCCUCUGCCACGGCCAAAGGCAACAAGAACAGGGAGGCAGGCAGUAACAACAAGGAGGGCGGCGGCGGCACGGCCUCGUCGUCCACCGCCAUCACGCGGUUCGUGUCUCAGUCGGCCAUCAACAUGCGUCCCACGCUCGGCAUCCCCAACACAAAGAUGGGGCUGUACGUCAACGGGUGCUUCGACUACCACCCACGUCGCGUCAGGGCCAGCAGGACCUUCUCGGCCCAGAGCAGCCAGCAGUCAUCACAACAACUAAAUCAACAAGACGGACCCCUGACAGAAGCAGAAUGGGCCGCCGCAGCCGCAACCACCCAGAAGCUCGCCCUCAGCGCCGCGACCCUGGCCGACCAGCCGAUCGGCCUGCUGCGCUACGCGCCCAGCGUGCGCGGGUGGAUGGCAAAGAAGAUGGGCCAGAAGCGGGACUGCUCGUAUGAGGUCAGCAAUCUGCUUGCUUUCUCGCCUCCUCCUCCUCCUGCUGCUGCUGCUGCGGUCACCGCUCCUGCCGCAGCGGCAGCGGCGGUCGAGGUGGAAUGGAUCGUCUUUGCGCAGCCGCGGAACCCGACGUCGUCGCCGCUCGUGUUUGAUGUGGUCAGUGUCAAGGGCGGGAACCUGGUCAUCAGUGUGGUCUGGCAGGCUGGGGCGCUGGGGGAUGUCACGAGGACGCUGGAGGGCGAGCAGAAGCUGGUUGGGGAGAUUAGCAAAGGAUGUGGUGGCCGUGGUGAGCUUGACAGAGGUCGUCUCCGUCCCCGUGGCGGCCUCCAAGGCGGUGGUCUCAGUGGCGGCAGUGGUUGUUGUGAUCGUUGUGGAUUCGGGCAGGCUGACUGUCCACGUAGACUCUGCAGCGACGGUGGUCGUGAGGGACCACGGCCCUUGGGACAAGGGCGUAUCGAUUCAGUUCGUUAUGUGAGAGCUCGGAAAGCAAAGGAAGCUCGGUCGAUUCGCACAAUGGCCAUAACCCGCAACAUUGGAGCAUGCGAAACCGCGGAACAUCUGUUGCCCUUGAUUGUGCUCGCAAUGACUUGGUUCCAACAAGACAAAUACAGAAGAUCGUUUAAGGUUCAGCAGUCUUAUCGACUUCGCAUGUCGACCCUGGUUCAGCACGAGUUUCACAUGGUUGUGCACAUGGCUCCUAGUCCCUCGUCUGGUGUGGCUCACUGUAUUCAAGCGCCUUCGCCGAGAAGACCGGGGUGCGGGGUCGACAUGGAAUAG